UUGGGCACAAGUUGCAUUCAGCAUGAAUUGUGAAGUAACUAUCACCGCACUUCUACUUGUUGCGGCCUAUGGCGCUACAGUGCCGACGACCGCCAAGGUCGUCGUCGAAACACACGAUGCAUUGGACGCCCAAGAAUUGGAGGACACAGUUUCAAAGAUCCUCAGCUUGGUGGAUCGUCAACUAACUCUGGCUAGUGAAACUAAGAGGGAUGACGUCACCAAAGAGGAGAAGGAGGAACUGGAGAGGCAACUGGAAAACGUUAAGGCUGAGUUGCAGGCAACCAUGAAAGGGCACGAAGAAGAACUGGGUGCAACCCUGGAAGCCGUCAGCUAUAUUCUUGAAGACAGCAAUGGGGACAUAGACGACGAGUCGGAAUACAGCAAGUGGAAGAAGCUGAAGGAGGCGCUUACCAGCGAAACGGCCAAGACGAUAUACAAGGCUGCUGGCACAAUCGCUCUUAAGGUUGCAAUUAAGUCCAUCAUUGGUUGAGCAAUGAAUAUGCAAUGAAUAUGUAAGUGUAUUUAUGGACACUUUCGCUGUGACUCUGAGGCCGUCGGAACAAUAAAAGCAGCCAAAGGGCA